AUGACGGAACACAGGCGACACACCGUGGAGCGUACCGCCGACGACUUCAAAACGAUGGGCGCGAACGAGCGUUCAGCGAUUUUCUCCUCGCUCUCCUUUGGCAGCUUUCGUGCCGUGUCACACGCCGAGAUCGAGGCCAUGAUCCCCGUCUUUGACGACAUCAUCAACCUCUCCGCACCGGCGCCCCAUUCCUGCCAGCGUCGCUCUCACGAACCACGCAAGGCUACCAAGCCUGACGACAUGCAAUUCAAAGAGACGAGCGUGGGCGAGGAUUGGCCUGUCGAGGAGGACGAUGACAACUGGGCUACCCAGGACGAGUACUGGGAUCCCGAGGAGGAGGCUGAGGAUGGCGAUGAGGUAGAGGAGCAAGGUGAGGAGGGUGGCGGAGAGGGUGACACGGAGAACAGUAGCGACAACAACAGGCUCGUCCGCUAUCCCAACCAAGGCGAAGAGGGCGCCGCGAUUGGCGGCCAGUGGGCCGCGAACACCGACUACGACGAGGACGAGUGGCACGGCUUGUGA